AUGGCUUCCAAAAGGGUCAAUCUGGGUUUUCCGUCUAUGGCUGCUUCUGCCUCUUCUUCUGCUUCCGUCAGCGGUUCUGGCGCUGAUAUUCAAGUGGAUGAUUUCAUUCUGAUGCUCGCUAUAUUAUCCGCUGAUGACCGUUUCUGCAAGAAUACGAGAAAUUUAGAGCAGUUGUUGGGAGCAAAACCAAAGCCAAAAAGGAAGAAGAUAGCUGGAAUAGAUCAGGAUGAAUUGCUGGAUCCAGCGCUUCUGGCUGAUCCAGAUAGUUGCUUUUGUCAUUUCAAUGGAGUGCAUAUACACCAUAAAGUAUCUUCUGUCUUCUCAUGGCAUCGAGUUAUGAAGCCUUUGGCACAAGUCUCUGGGUCAAAAGUUCUUGCCUUUGAUAGACCUGCCUUUGGAUUGACAUCGAGGCCGAAUCUUAGUGAACAUUCAUCUCCUAAUUCCUUAGCAGCUGAGAAGGCAGUUCUGGUGGGCACCCAGCGUGUUGCUGCUCUUGUGCUGGUUGCCCCUGCAAUUCUAGCCCCAGCUAAAAGUAACAUUGGAGGAAAACAAUUUCAAACUGAUGUUCAAAUGCAGGAAGAAAGCACUAGUCCAAAUACAAAUGGCAAUCUAUUUACCAGGAUCUCCAACAUCUUGUCAAAUUUCUCCAAAUACAUUGUUCAGGCUGUAAUGCGUUUGAUGAAAGGGAUGGGAGAAAUGCUUAGCUCUCUCUAUAAGAAAGCUUUGUCUGCAUUUCUACGCUCAGCCUUUGCUGUGACAUUGAUAAGGAUGGUGAUAGAUAAAUUUGGUAUAGCUGCAGUUAGGAAUGCAUGGUUUGAUUCAAACCAAGUCACUGAGCACGUCCUCAAUGGCUAUACAAAGCCACUGAGGACUAAAGGUUGGGACAAGGCUCUUGCAGAAUACACUGCUGAAAUUCUUGCAGAUAUCUCCUCUGGAUCAAAGCCACCCUUGGAGAAAAGACUGCAUGAAAUAUCAUGCCCAGUUCUCAUUAUCACGGGUGACUCUGACCGACUAGUCCCCUCUUGGAAUUCAGAGAGACUUUCACGAGCUAUUCCGGGAUCUCGUCUGGAAGUAAUUAAGAAUUGUGGCCAUUUGCCUCAGGAAGAGAAGCCCAAAGAAUUUAUAUCACUGGUGCAGAAAUUUCUGCUUGGGGUUUUUGGCGGCUCUCAGGAGCAGUUUGUACAAGCAGCAGCAACAACGUGA